AUCUCGAUUUUAUCAUUCAGGUGGUCGGGGUGGAUCAAAAUGGGAUUAGAUGCUACUAAAUCGCGACACAUAACAUUGAUAAUGAACAUAGAUGGUCAGUUUUGUGAAAAAUUUUGUACAGAAAAGAAGUAAAAAAAAAUUGCAAAAGGUGCUACCCUACAAUGACCAAUUGGAGAGAUGAAUUUGCAACUCCGGGUGAACGUCUUGCUUCACUCAAAUGCAAAUCAAUCCUGUCUGAUAUGACGUUCAUUGUGGGACCCGAUGAAACCCAUAUUCCUGGACAUCGCUUUGUAUUGAGCCUCGUGAGUCCAACCUUUGAGUCAUGUGACAAAGAAAUCCGUAUCGCGGAUUUCCAGGUGGGAGUUUUUAUGGAAUUUCUGGAUUACAUCUAUUCGGGAGAAGUCACCCUAUCCGAUGGUACUGUUUUGGAGAUUCUUAAGUUGGCACAUAGAUAUUCAAUCAACUUCCUCGUGCGUGACUGCGUGAACUUCCUCAGGAGAAACAUCAAGGUGGCAAAUGUUCUUCUAUGCCUGGAGCUUGGAAUUAAUUUGGAUGUAAAGGAUCUAACGUUUGAAUGCUUGGACGUGAUUGCGGAUUUUACAUUGGCUGUUAUGCAACAGGAAGCCUUCUUGGCGAUAACACGUGAAACUCUACGUCACAUUUUGGAGCUUGAAAUAACCAUCUGCACCGAAUAUGAAAUAUUCCAAGGUGCUAUGCGAUGGGCAGAGGCUGAAUGCAAUCGACAGAAUAUUGAGAGCAAUAAUGAGAACAAGAGAGAAGUCUUGGGUGAUCUAAUGGAUCUUAUUCGGUUCACUGCCAUUGAGUCUGACUAUGAGGAUGAGUUGUGCAAUAUGAUGCAGCAAUUUUCAGCUAAAGCAACCACCAAAACACGCUCCUUGUCAUCUGCCUUGCCAACUUUCUUUGACUAUGGCCACGUAAAAUUAACCAUCCUCACACCACUUGAUCGCAUUCAUCUCACACCAGAAACUGUACGGGAUUGUAGCCUGGAGUUGAGAUCCAAUCAAGUGCUGAGUAUCUUUGGAUUUGGAGUGAUUGUUGAGACAGGAGUUGAGCUCACAGGACACGCAGAGAUGUCCUAUUUCUAUGAUGGGGUGUGGGUGGACCUCAAGAAAGAAGUCAAUGUAUCCGUGGGAUGUCGCUGGAAAUUUGGUGCUAAGCAUGAAAUUGUUUUUCUCUUGCUCAAGGAAAAACUAACAAUGGCCCUCAGCAACUACAUCUACCGCAUCAUUCUACACAAUCAGGCAGCAUCUUUAACUCAAGUUCUCGGCGAUAAGUUCAAUGAAACAAUGCCAAUUAUAUCAUCAUCAGAAGGAGAGGAUGGAACGAUAAUUUUUGAUCGUCAUGAUGGCAACUACAUCCCCAUGAUCCUCGUGCAACAGCAAAAAUUUACGUGAAUCAACGCACAAAACUUCUUUUUACGUAACAUUCAACGCACAAAAUGAUUCUUUUGAACUCCACACCACCUUUUUUCCGCAUAUGUGUUUAAAUAUAAAUUUAAUUCCCUUAAUUCCGUAUUCACUAGCUCAGCAAAAUAUUCAUCAGGGCAGCGGGUUUAGUUUUCUUUUUUAUUUUCUUUUUAAUAUUCAGUUCAGAAUAAAAUUAUAAUUUUGCCACCGU